GUGUGUGUAAGAGAGAGAGAGUUGGGAGGCAAGAAGUGGCGAGCCACCCCACGUUAGUUUGGGAUGUUGCAAGGAAGAAGAUGGGCGCCACCUGAGGGUCUCUCGGACGUGGGGCGGCAGUGCUUGGAGACUGGGUGGGGUGGUGAUCGUGAUCCCCAUGUUCGUAUAUGAUGCUGGAAGGAAGAGGGUGGGUGUUAGGUUCAUCUGAGAUCAGAUGUGCUCAGUUUUCCAUGGGCUGCUGGUGGCCUACAAGACCCAUUCAGUUGGUCUGCAGAAAGUUUUUAGAAAGGAAGAAGAUGGACAGUAAUGCUGUUCUCUUGGAAUCUAAAUCCUCGCCAAUCAACCUUCUGAAUGAAAUGCACCAGCUGCGUCUCCUAGGCCACCUUUGUGAUGUGACUGUAAGUGUGGAAUAUCAAGGUGUCAGGGCAGAGUUUGUUGCUCAUAAAGCUGUCCUGGCAGCAACAAGCAAGUUUUUUAAAGAGGUGUUUCUUAAUGAAAAGUGCAUGGAUGGACCAAGGACAAACGUAUUAUUGAACGAAGUCCAGGUAGCUGACUUUGCAUCUUUUCUUGAGUUUGUCUAUACCGCCAAGGUAGAAGUAGAAGAAGAGCGGGUUCAGCGUAUGUUGGAAAUAGCUGAGAAACUAAAGUGCUUGGAUUUGUCAGAAACCUGCUUUCAGCUGAAGAAGCAGAUGCUUGAAUCAGUAUUGUUGGAGUUGCAAAAUUUUUCUGAAUCGCAGGAUGCUGAAGAGGACAGUCUUUCCCAGCCAUGCGGUUUAUUUGAGCCAAAGGCAGUCGUUGACAUACCAAGUGGCAACAUGGACUAUGUUACAAAUUCUCCGCUUGAGAGACCCAGAGACAGAGAGAGCCUUGAGGCUCCCACUGCUAAAUUAAAGGAGAAGUUAGACAAGAAGACAGAAGCCCUGAAGGCUCCUUGUGCCAAAAUCAGGAGGGCCAGUGGAAGACUGGCUGGCAGGAAAGUCUUUGUGGAAAUACCCAAGAAAAAGUAUACAAGGCGCUUGCGAGAGCAGCAAAAGUAUGCCGAAGCCAUUGCUGAAGAAAGCAGGCUCGCCAAAGACCACAGCAUGCAUUGGGAGGAGGAGGAGGAAAAGAUAGGGCAAGCAGCAAACAGUGUGAAACCUGAAAGUAAAGAGUGUGUUGGUACUGAUGAUCUGGAAGGAAGUUUGAAUAAAUCAGAGGAGGAGAAAAAGAACCGUGGUGGUAACUUUACGUGCAGCACCUGUGAGAGAGAAUUCCUGUAUGAGAAGAGCUUUCUGAAACACAUAAGGCACAGGCAUGGGAUUGCAGCUGAAAUUAUUUACCGUUGUGAAACCUGCGGCCAGACUUUUGCCAACCGGUGCAACCUUAAAAGCCACCAACGCCACGUCCACAGCAGCGAGCGACACUUCCCUUGUGAGCUCUGUGGUAAGAAGUUCAAGAGGAAGAAGGACGUCAAGCGGCACAUUCUGCAGGUUCAUGAGGGUGGUGGGGAGCGUCAUCACUGCCUACAAUGUGGAAAGGGUUUGAGCUCCAAAACGGCCUUGAGGCUUCAUGAAAGGACACAUACAGGCGACAAGCCUUAUGGGUGCACAGAGUGUGAGGCUAAGUUUUCUCAGCCUUCGGCACUUAAAACACACAUGAGAAUCCAUACUGGUGAAAAGCCUUUUGUUUGUAGUGAUUGUGGAGCAAGAUUUACACAAAAUCACAUGCUUAUAUAUCAUAAAAGGUGCCACACAGGGGAACGACCUUUCAUGUGUGAAACAUGUGGGAAGAGCUUUGCCUCUAAGGAGUAUUUGAAGCACCACAACCGAAUCCAUACUGGGUCCAAGCCAUUUAAAUGUGAAGUUUGUUUCCGAACGUUUGCACAGAGAAAUUCACUAUAUCAGCAUAUUAAAGUUCAUACAGGUGAGCGUCCCUACUGUUGUGAUCAGUGCGGUAAACAGUUCACCCAGCUCAAUGCCUUGCAACGCCAUCAUCGGAUCCACACAGGGGAGAAACCAUUCAUGUGCAAUGCUUGUGGUCGGACAUUUACUGACAAAUCUACUCUUCGGCGGCACACCUCAAUUCAUGAUAAAAACACACCCUGGAAGUCUUUCCUUGUAGUUGUUGAAGGAGCCUCUAAGAAUGAUGAGGAUCAUAAGAUGGAGCUUCCUGAUGCAGAAUAUGAUGUGGCUCAUUCCAAAAUAUCUGAGAAACUGCUGUCGUUCUCUGAAAAUGGGCACUAUCAAAGUCUGACUGCUAUUCAAGGGAGUGUGACUGCUCUGCAUGAAAAUGAAUCCCCUGCAGUAACGGACUGCAAAUCAGGGGGCACUUCAGGGCCCCCAGAAGCCCCCAUAGCUACAACUUUGCAUGAUCUCACAGUGUUACACACCCAGACUGACUCACUUCAGCCACCUCUUCACACCUUGGUGACUAUAGAAUAGCAUCAGCUGCAAAGAAGAAACCCCAGCUAAGGAUAAUCUAAUUCUUUAGACUGUCUCAGUAUCCAUGAACUGCAAAGGAAUAGUUAAGGGUUACUGUGGAUGAUCUCAACAUCCUGUGUUCUCCCCAAAUCAAUAUUUCUAGAGUUGUCUCUCAACUGAAGAAUUCUAUCUUAUCCCAUUUGUUAAAGAGAAAAUUGUUCUCUUUCAUGUGUUGUCUGUGUAGUUUUGAAGGAGGUUUCAGAUUACACAGUCAGUGCAACAACAGUGACGGCUCACUACUGUUUUAAUCCAGGUUUUUCCUUUCCAUUGGCAGAAUGGUUUGUCUAUAGAUUGUUUUUCAGUUGUCCCUCUGAAAGGAGAGUAAUUCUGGAUUUGUUUAAAACAUCUCUUUAUCAACCUUCAUUCCACAUUGUAUGCAAAUAAAUGUGAAAUCUUAUAGCAGUUUCUCUGGGCCCAAUAUUUAAUGGAAUUUUCAUAUAUAGCUGUUUUAAAAAAUGUAAUCCUCUUGUUAAAACAAAUAUUGGGAAUUGUGUACCCCUUCUCUUUCAAACAGUGAAAUGUUUGGGGAAAUAUUUGAGAAGCUAGGUUUGUUAAAUUGCUGGUGCUCUAUUGCAGUUCAUAUGAUAAAUCUGCACUUGUUCUAAGCUACUUUGAAGUGGUUUCCGCAGAAACACUACUGAGGUUCGUUCAGAAUUUGUGGAGGAAUUUCACAAGCUUUUUCCCUCUGUGAUUCAGCCUUUCUUCUAAGUACCUGGCACUCUGCAAACCACUUGUCCCUUGUCCUCUGGUUUGCCUGUACUCACUGUCUGUUACUGAUCUCUUCGGCCUGUAUUGUAACACACACACACCAUAGCUUCAUGCACAGCUUCACCUUCUGUUAUAGGUACACCCUCACUUGCAUACAUUCCCUGUACAGAGGGGACAUUGAUAAGGCACUGCACUUCUAAACUGUUCUUCAUUCCCCAAAGGGCCUUAAUACUGUUCUCAACCUCUUCUGAUCCCAGUGCUUCACUUAUCAGAGUUGUAUACUGGCCGGGAGAUGCAGCAUUCUGUCACUUUAUAAAUUUCACUGGCAGCAUACCUCUAGAACAAAUUGCUCCAAAAUAAUGACUGAAUUCUCAAAUGAGGGACUGCACCUGCUGUGGUAAGUAUUCUGUUGUGGCUCCCUCUCAUCUCCCUGCCAAUGAAUUUUAUUAACAUUUUGUGUUAAAGCUGGUAAAAUAUUCUUAAUUCAGGUUUCUAGCUCUAGUCUCAUUUUCUGGGUAAAUACUCUUGUUGCUUUUGUAUUUGCUACAAUAUUUGUACCAAAGGCUACAGAAUCUAUUGGAGAAUUCUAGUUACAACCAGACCUGGCAUUCAAAGCAACGGUAAGCAGCCAUUUGAAAGGCAGAGUUGUUUAGAUUUCCAAGUUAAACUGCUAAAGGUUUUCUGAAAUUAUAGUUAAUUGGAGCUUUUGUGGAGAUAGCUGGAAGACAAGGCCUUGUAGUAUAACUAAGGCAAAGCAGCAGCCAAUGUGAAGAAAUGCAGGUCUCUCUUAAAACAUGUUGUUUCUUUGUUGUAGGGGUUACAAAGGUGAAGACUUGUUUUGUUUUUGCUAAAAAUGCAUCAAUACUGUGCCUUCCUAUUUUUAAAUUCAGGGGGGGGAAUCCAAGUGCCAAAUCCAAAUCUUACAAGUCUCGCAUUCCACUGAAUUCCAGAAGAACUUGAACUUGCUAGUCUAACUGUUGAGAAGAAUCUUACUUUAGAGUAAUAUAUCACUCAGCCCACUAAGGUACUGGCACCUCUCAACAUGAAACAUUGCUCUUAAGUGCAAAUUGAAUCUGGUUUUCAACUAUUCUUUCCAUCUAGAGAUAAAAUAAGAUCAAGUGUUUUAGCUUAGUGUUAUUACAGGACAAAGUUUUGUAAAAUACAAUGAGAAUGUUAAAUAGUUCCUUUCAAACUAUGAUUUUACUAUUUUUCAGUUAAUAUAUUCUGAUGCAUCAUUUCUUUCAAAGAAGUGGUCACAAUGGUAAUUAAGGAAGAGUUAAACAGAGCCUGAUAGGGAGCCUUCUCUUGCUCUGGCUUACUUAUAGGAUUGGCCCUGCACCCUUUCAUGAGAGUAGCAUACAAAUGAGUAUGCUCUAAGUAGUGACAAAGUAUUGUUACUUCCAAAGGAAGAUAAUUUUCACAAAAGCAAUCCAAGUGCAUAACAGAAAAUUAUUUUCUCAAGGUAAUGAUAGACUCAGUUUAUCAGUUCAAGGUGCUUUUGGUCAAUUCAAAGUUAAUUUACUUCUGCAGAUCUGGCCCUUGGAAUGUUGCUGUAGGUUUUUGCAAAGUUAUGCUCUGGAUUCAGGCUUUACCUUCUCUAGAACUUUUUUCUUUCAUUCAUUAAAUUCAAAAUCACUUGCAGAAGAAAACAUCUAGGCCACCUUUGAUAAAAGUAUCACAAACAGAUACCUUUUGAGGGUCCUGCUGUCACAUAUUAUUUGCUAAAACACAAUGCGAUAAAAGAUUUGUCCGAGUAUGUAUCACGGGUUAUUUUUUUGUAAACCCCCUUAAUAGGAGUUUGAUGUUACCAUUUACUCCUUGUUUAUUUAAUCAACUAAAAGGGAUCUUUUUAGAAAGAUUGCAGGAGCUUAUAUUUAAAUAUUUAUUUUGUAAGCCAUGUGCUCCUUUUUGGUGAUUGAAUUUUAAUGACCAGUUACAAGAAUUUGUAGUAAAUAUUUAAAUCCUUACGUUAACUGUAGGUAGGGAUUUUUUUAAUUUUUUUGUUUGUAUUCUACAAAGAUGUGAAAGUGGGUUAACUUGUAUGAACUGAUAAGCCCUAUUAAAACAUUUUUAAAAUAGUACAA